AGUGCGCGCCUGGCGACUCGGCAGACCGCACAACACGGCGGCGCCCCGCGACUCCGGCAGCCAGCAGGCAGCAGCCAGCAUCCAGACACCAGCCACAGGGUUGAAUUUGCCCAUCGAAAAGGAAUGAAAUCCGUAGAUUCAAAGUCCGGCGGCCCGCAUGGGCGAGCGCCCCUGAUGUCGCCCAACAGAGCAAUGAAGGCGCGACACAACUUCCGGCGCCGCUUCAGCCUCCAGCCGUCCUUCUUCAAGGAGGACGUCGAGGAGGACGAGCCCACUAGCCACAGGUCGACAAAGCGAGGCGAAUCCGACACAGAAGCUACCUCGGGCGCCGGCACGAGACACAAGGUGGUGGUGAUGGGCGCCGCCAAGGUGGGCAAGUCGUCCAUCAUCUCGCGCUUCCUGUACGGCACCUUCUCGGACAAGUACAAGCGCACGGUGGAGGAGAUGCACCACGGCGAGUUCAGCGUGGCCGGCGUGCGCCUCACGCUCGAUAUCCUCGACACGUCCGGCGCCUACGAGUUCCCUGCCAUGCGCGCCCUCUCCAUCUCCUCGGCGGACGCCUUCAUCCUCGUCUACGACGUGAACGACGCGGAGACGUUCGACGAAGCGCGCGUGCUGCGGGACCAGAUCCUCGAGACGAAGGCGGGAACGCCGGCUCCUAUUGUCGUCGUCGGCAACAAAAUCGACCUCGCCGAGGAGCACCGAGAGGUGGAGCGCGAGACGACAGAGUCGGUGGUUACGGUGGAUUGGGAGAACGGCUUUGUGGAGGCGUCGGCCAAGGACAACGUGAACAUCACGGAGGUGUUCAAGGAGCUGCUGGCGCAGGCCAAGGUGAAGUACAACCUGAGCCCCGCGCUGCGGCGGCGCCGCAAGCAGUCUCUGGCGCGCCACUCCAUCUCGGUGGACCAGGGCCAGCAGGAGGCGGCGGCCGCGGCGGCGGCGGCGACGGCGGCGGCGGCGGCGGCUGCGGCGGCGGCGGCGGGGGCGGCUGGCUCGCACUUCCCGUCCCCCCAGCAGCUGCAGCAGCUGCAGCAGAUCCGCGAGCGCCAGGGGAAGCGCAACUCCUGCUGCAUCUCGUAGGAGCCCCCGGGCGGCCGGCGUGGGGCGGCGGUGUGAGCCAGGCGGUGCCGGCACGCACCCCCCACCCCUCGGCCUCUCGCACAGUACAGUACUACAUGCUCAGCGACAAUCUCACUCUACACCCUCGCGCGCGGCAGCCCAGCCACCGCUGCGGCCAACGCGCCCUCCGUCAUCACUUACUGCAAGCAACAAGUAACGUCACUCAUAGACUCUCCAUAGAAGGGCAACUGUAUCCAUUCUGCGCUGAAUCGACCGAGUUAACGACCGUCGACUCGUGUCGGAUUCGUGUACUACUUUGCUCACUUCGUGUAUUCUGUUUACAUCCUUACUGUAAUAAUACUUUUGUUCGUGAGAGAUAGUAAUUUUAAUAAGCAUAUAUCUUUAGAAAGAUAUGUUUACGAAUAAACUGAGAUGAAACUACUAAGAGCCAA